CUUCCUGCCCCCAAGUCUCAUGCAACCAAAGUCCGCUCAUAUGCCGCAGCUUCUUCUUUUGCCCGUGGAGAUCCAGGAGGCCAUUCUGGCCCAGGUGGACUCGCGAGCCUCCCUCGCCAGCCUUGCGCGGGUGUGCCGGCACCUGCAGCCGCUAGCUGAGCGUCUGCUCUACCAGUCCGUCUAUUUGCGGAACGGUGGUGGUGAGACAUUUGCACACGCGAUUGAUCGUGCCCCAGAGCGGGCCACCCAUGUCCGAGAGCUCCUUGUUCAUUACCACUAUGUCGAUGUUCCGGACGAGGAGGACUACUACCCGUUGUAUGCGGAAAGUUUGGCCCCAACAAUUGAGCGCCUCGUUAACCUGAAAUCUCUGGUGGUCAAGGGUCUGGAAUAUGAUGCUCCGAGAGAUGAUGAUGAUGAUAUCUUGGGAGGGUAUGAGAGGGUUAUCGAGGAGGCGAAGAAAUGGGACCAUCUCUUUAUGCAGUCCGCGGUGUCAGGCUCUCGUAUUCUUCCUUCCCUCACAAAGUGUGUAUUGGUCAUGGAUGACCUCGAUCGCUCACGAGAACUCUGGGACUUCGACCUGAGGGCGAAUGUUAUGAUCCACCCCCAUCUGCGGGACCUCACCAUUGUCGGAGCCAGCAUUUCAAGUCUAUUGUCUCUUGUGACUUCACCUCGCUCGACGGCAUUAGAAAAUCUGGUCUUGGAGUGUUGUUGUGUGUCUCCCGAAGGUAUUCGGGAUAUCUUCUCGACGCCCCGCGGUUUGAAGCACUUCACACUCAAGGGGGCCCCUUGGACCGAUAAACCCUCCUACUUCCCAGGGGAUCGACAGACGUAUAUCGACGUUGUUAGCGUUCAAGCAGACUCGCUCGCGACCCUAGACAUGGACUUUCCGCCAGGUCUCGCGAGCAACCCAGCACUGGACUUUCGCGCUCUUCAACAUCUACAAGAGCUUACUGUUGACCCAGUAGCCUUGAGGGGAGAUGGAGACCUCGACCCGAGGGACAAAUUAGACCUAUUGAGAAGCCCAGACUUGAAAUGCCAGCUUCCUCCGAGCAUUCAACGUUUAGUAUUUUUCGAGUAUUAUGAAGGAAAGGUGCCAGAUCUGCAUACGCUGCUCCUCGUCUACAACUGGAUAUCGCAGGGAAGCUUGCCCAAUUUGCGCAGCAUCACUAUCAGAUCGGGGAGGUCAUCUGCGGACACUAUCUUGAACAGAGUUUUCGGCGACAUUGGCGGACGGACAUUCUAUGAAGCAUUCCAGACAGUUGGAGUGGAGUUGCGGGUUGAGUCAGCGCUGCUCAGUACAAAGGCUGGAUAUCAACUUUUCGACUGCUCCAGCUGCGGUGUGUGUUGGCGCAUUCCAGGGUUUACCUCAUUUCCGACGUGGUAGUAUGUUUA